UGUAAGAGAGAGCAGGGUUAUGUGUGAGUCUGUAUGAGCACAGGAACGAGGGAUGAUAAAUCCAGUAGAAAGAGCAAACGAACAUUUUCCAAGAGGAUGCCAAGAAAAUGAUGCAUUUAUUUCUCAGCUUCGGAUGUCAUGGAAAACCCCAAACUAUUAGAGACAUCUUUCGGACACAGAAAUAGCGACUGAGACCAUUUCAGGAUCAGGUCUUCCCUUCCUUCCAACAUUCCACAAGGACAAGGCUGCAAUCGAGCGAGGUCAAGGACCAAAUGAUGGACUUCCUAAGCAGGUGAAACUUCCGGGUCACCAACUUACUCCUCAGGUGGAAGCCCAGCUGUAGAUAUCAAACUGCAAAGCGGAGCUGCAGACAUGCUGUGUGGUCUCAGAAGAGACCCCAAGAACAGCUGUGAUGAGGGACCAUACUCAAAGGGAAACAAGCAGUCCGGGGCAUCUGACCAAUCACAUUUCUCCCAGAGGCGCAGCCUUUCAGAAGAGUACCGAGGAGUGACCACAGUAGACCUGAUGAAAAGGGAAGGCAGCAACCUCGGCCUCACCAUCUCCGGAGGCUCCGAUAAGGACGGCAAGCCCAGAGUGUCCAACCUACGGCCAGGUGGGCUGGCUGCCAGGAGUGACCAGCUGAAUGUAGGGGACCACAUUAAGUCAGUCAACGGCAUCAACCUGUCCAAGCUUCGUCAUGAUGAAAUUAUCAGCCUGCUGAAGAACAUCGGAGAACGAGUUGUGCUGGAGGUGGAGUACGAGCUGCCUCCAUUUGCAGUCCAGACUCCAUCAGGAGUCACAACCAAGACCACAGAGGUGUGUCUGCUCAAAGAGGGAAACAGUUUUGGGUUUGUCAUGAGAGGGGGCUACCAUGAAGACUGGCGCAGGUCCCGUCCUCUGGUGGUGACCCAUGUCAGACCGGGAGGUCCGGCUGACAGGGAGGGCACGUUAAAGGCUGGCGACAGAGUAUUGAGCAUAGACGGCAUGCCUUUAAACAGAGAGAAGCAUGCUGACGCGUUGACCAUGCUGAUGCAGAGCGGCCAGGAAGCUUUGUUCCUGAUUGAGUAUGACAUCUCUGUCAUGGAGGCUGUACAACAAGCCUCGGGUCCUUUGCUGGUGGAAAUAGUAAAAGGUGCCUCCUCCAGCCUGGGCCUCAGCCUCACCACAUCUAUAUAUAGGAACAAACAAGUCAUCAUUAUCGACAAGAUAAAGGCAGCCAGCGUGGCUGAAAGGUGUGGAGCGUUGAACGCAGGCGAUGUUCUGCUGACUAUAGAUGGAACCAGCACAGAACAUUGCUCUCUGAUAGAGGCUUUGCAGCUUCUGGGCAACACCACUGAUGUCGUUAAACUGGAGAUUCUACCAUCCAGUCAGAGCAGGCUACCUGUACGGCCACAAGACACAGUGAAAGUUCAGAAGAGCAGCCAUCAUCACUGGGACCAAAGCAGCAGCAGCAGCAACUUCUGCCUGCCUCCUCACGCCAGCCACAGCAAGACAUGGAGCACCCAAAGCCACCCACACAACCAGCAGGACCACUGCAAACCUCUGGUGAGUGGUGGCUUCUCCCCUUCCUCCACAGCCACAUCAGGCUUCAGCAGCCAGGGGAGCAACACGCUGCCUUGCCCAAUGGCGCCCGCCGCACCCACCAGCCCCCGCACUUCCACAGGAAAGAGGAGGAACAGGAAGAAGGACUACAAGAGCUCAUUGUCCCUCGCAUCCAGUUCUGUGGGCCCCGGGGGUCAAAUUUUUCACGUGGAAGCCAUUGAAGUCAUGCUGAGGGGGGAUCCGCUCACAGGUUUCGGGAUCCAGCUGCAGGGGGGUGUCUUUGCCACAGAAACCCUCUCGGCUCCCCCCGUCAUCCGCUUCAUCGAGCCUGACAGCCCAGCUGAGAGGUGUGGAUUGCUGCAGGUAGGAGACAGACUCCUGUCCAUCAAUGGCAUCCCAACUGAAGAUGGCACUUUGGAGGAAGCCCAUCAGCUGCUCAGAGAUUCUGCUUUGACCAAUAAGGUCACAGUGGAGAUCGAGUUUGAUGUUGCCGAGUCUGUGGUUCCCAGCAGUGGUACCUUCCAUGUGAAACUACCCAAGCGAAGAGGAAUGGAGCUGGGCAUCACCAUCAGUGGAAGUAAGAAGCCUAGCAAGCCACUCAUCAUCUCCGACAUCAGAAAAGGCAGCAUAGCACACAGGACCGGCACCCUGGAGCCUGGAGACAGGCUGCUGGCCAUCGACAGCGUGCGUCUAGAGAACUGCACCAUGGAGGAUGCCAUGCAUGUCUUGGAGCAGGCGGAGGACAUGGUCAAGCUCAGAAUCCAGAAGGACGAGGACAACUUUGAUGAGCUGGAGAUGUCAGGAUCUAUCAUCUACACAGUAGAGCUGAAGAGAUAUAACGGGCCACUGGGCAUCACCAUUUCUGGCACCGAGGAACCUUUUGACCCCAUCGUCAUUUCAGGUCUCACCAAGAAGGGCCUGGCUGAGAGGACCGGUGCCAUCCACAUAGGGGACCGUGUGCUGGCCAUCAAUGGGGUUAGUCUGAAAGGCAAAACACUGAGCGAGGCCAUCCACCUCCUGCAGAUGGCCGGGGAGUCCGUCACCCUCAAGAUCAAGAAACAAGCAGAGCAGUAUGAUGCCAAGCGGGUUCUGGACAGAGAAACUGGGUUCCUGAGCGACCUCGACGAUGAACUGAUGGACUCCCAGAGACUCGGUAAACACUCGGAGAUCUACUCUGCCACCGUGCCCAGCAUUGACUCUGCCAUGAGCUCCUGGGAUGGCUCAGGAUGCGACGCCGGCUACAGUACCCAAGGAACAUAUCUCCACAAAGACAUGUUGCUCAAUUCGAACGAGUGGAGGAGAACAAAGUACAGGAGCCCAGUGGGGUCCAGCUCUGCAGGACUGCUGCAGCAAACGGGGCUCUAUGAUGCGAGACUAACAGAGGAUGACUGGGACAAGAUGCCCGGAUUCGUCAGUCCCCCUCAUUGCCAUGGCACCCUCAACCAGGAGGAUAGCUUCUGGUCCCAGGCUCUGCUGGACCUGGAGACCUGUGGCCAGUCAGAGAUCCUCAGGGAGCUUGAGGCAUCUAUGACAGGCAGCGCUCUUAGUCUGUACCUAGACGAGACCAAGACCAAUGAAGACUCCAUGUUUCUAUCAGAACUAAGUCCCAUUAAAUAUGAGGAAAGUCACGCGGCACCAAAGAAUAGGAGCAAACACGACGUGUUCACUGGAUCUGAAGACGUGACAUCUCGUGGUGGCAGAUGGUCCCAUUUGUCUUCCGCUACUUUGGCCCUGCAGAAGGUGAGUGUCAAAAAGGACCCCGAGAGCCACGACUUUGGCUUCAGCGUAUCUGACGGACUUCUAGAAGAAGGAGUUUUUGUCAACAUGAUCCGCCCCAAAGGCCCGGCUGACAAAGCGGGCCUCAAACCCUACGAUCGCAUUCUUCAGGUGAAUCAUGUACGCACCAGAGACUUGGACUGCUGUCUCACUGUGCCCCUGAUUAUGGAAGCGGGGGCCAGCCUGGAUCUGGUCAUUAGCAGGAAUCCCGUAGAAACGGGCAACACCGGGGGGGUGCCUAGCGACCGCAAUGACCCCUCCAUCUCACUGCUCUGCUUCUCUGAGCAGCGCACCAAAAGCAUUGCCCUGUGAGCAAAGAUGGACGAGCUGGCACUCGGACACGGGAACGGUCAAGACGGUCACAUUGCACCUGUCGGACCUUCACAGCAUCCCACGGAGACACGGGAAAACAUCUCUCACUUGCAACACGCCCGGUGUUAAUCACCAUAUUCACAUGAUGCUUUUCAGAGUGGGGGGGGGCUUUGGUUUUCAGGCAGCACCCACUCUCCACUCCUUUGCCAAGGUUAUAUAAUGGAGGAGUCAUUGCUCCUGACUGGGCACACACACACACACACACACACACACACACACACACACACUGCAUGCAUUAUUUCCUGCAUUGACAUUAUCCCCACGAGCACACAAACGGCCAUUUUUACACAUGCACAGGGUGUUCACAGUUACUGUUAGGAGUUAUUUUUUUGGCUAACCGCCCAUGUUUCCACCGUAGAGAAGGAGCGAUGGCUCUAAAUAGAAAAAUCACCGCCACUGGCCAAGCAUCAUAAAAUGUUGCAUCUUAAAGCUUCUGUGUUAAUCUCAUGAAUGCUUGCAAAGACAUGUCCUGUUUCCUUUCUGGUGGACGUACGUGGAAAGCAUUAAUAAUAUUGCACUCUUUAUUUUUAUUUUUUUUUUCCUCCACUUCCUAUUCUCGGCACCACCGCACAUGUCACACGUUUGUGUAAGACAAGGUCACUCACUUUUUUUUGUUUUCUUUUCUCUUUUGUUUGGUUGGGCAGUAAAGCCAUGCCUUUUCAUCUUCACUGAAUCCUUCUCAUUUGUUCCUUUUUCACUGUAGCCUUUUGUUUUUUUGGACCAGUACCAGACCACAUGGUUGGUACGGCCUUAGUAAGUGACUAAUUAACAGCAACCCUGCUGUCGUGUCUAGUUUACCUCUGUGGGGUCGUUGAGAGUGUCGCCCAGUCCUAAGUACCCCCCCUCCCAGUUACCCCUUUCAAGUGUAAAUGGUUUUAUGUCCUGUUAUCGGCUGAUGUUGUGUAAUAGCCUUAAAGACUGAUACAUUAUUUUUUGGCAUGCCCCGACUCAGUCAAUGUCUAUAGAGGCCUAUUUUUUAUUUUUUAAGUUUUACGUAUGAAUCUAUGAAGCUGUGACUUCUUCAUUUAUUCUACAUGCAUGUAAAGUUUGGUGUGAGCUGUUACACUGAAGAGUACUUUUGGGGUUUUAUUUACAUUUAGGUUUUAUUUAUUUACUUGGAUGUUAUUUUUAUAUAUUAAAUGUCAGAUGUUUUUUAAUAAAAAAAAAGACUUAUGGCU